AGAUCAUCCAAUCAGGUGUGAGUGAGAGCUGCUUUUCUACUGAACACACAAGUUGAUUUCCUCACUAUCACUGUGUCUGAACAGGAACGAUGAUCUCACUCUUUGUGGCGCUUUACUCUCUGCUUUGUCUCUGCACAGCUGUAAAAACAUCUGACAUCAAGGAGCUUCACGUGAGAACAGUAAAGAGUGGAGAAGAUGUAACUAUAGCGUGUGAUCUCAGUCUGAUCAGAGACAAAAGUAAAGUAGUCUGGUACAGACAGAGUUUUGGAAAAGUGCCUCAGAUUUUUGCAAAACGUUACGGGACAAAUAACUACACAUUUACUGAUGGAUUUAAUGAUAAUCGCUUCAAUUUUACUGUAAAUGAGCAUCAGUUUGAUCUCAACAUUAAGAACCUGAGAGAAGAUGAUGGAGGAGAAUAUUUCUGUGGAGAAAUGGAGGGAACUACAAUAAAGUUCACAUCUGGAGCACGUCUGCAAUUUGAAGAUAAAGAGAUGAAACUCUGUCCUUCACCUGGACCAGAAAUCAAGACCACAGGUUCUGAUCCACACCAGGGUUCAGACAGCACGACUCCAGAGCGUUGUGAUGGUCAGAUCCAUCUGUUCUUCCUGCUCUCUGUUCUUAGAGUUGGAGUUCUUGCCUUCAUGAUGAUGAUUUUUCCAAUCGUCCUGAUUAUUUUCAAAUUGAGAUCAAAGUAGAAAUUUGAAUGGAAAUGGAAGAAAUAGUGAGAUGAGGAGGAUCAGUGUGUUGAUUGAACUGGAAAUAUUUGCUUCUAUUGGCUGUAUAUUGGAAUGAUUUUGGUUGAACUGUAAUGUGGAGGGAUUUCCAGCUGUGUGUAAAAACUCCUGAGUGGAAACAUCCACACAAAUGCAGUUCAUUCCAUUAAAAUAUGAAGUGAAUGUAAAAUGCAGUUUUCCUCUUUAUUUCUCCUCUUUUUCUUCAUCACUUCAGAGAGAACUUCAG